UCUCUCUCUCUCUCUCUCUCUGUGAAAGCAGGAAAAUGGCAAAGGCCAGUAUUUCAGUAGAUCAGGAUCAGUUCAGCUGUCCAGUGUGUCAGGAUCUCCUGAAUGAUCCAGUGACUAUUCCCUGUGGUCACAGUUUCUGUAAGAUGUGUAUUAAUGGCUGCUGGGAUCAGGAGGAUGUGAAGGGUGUCUACAGCUGUCCUCAGUGUAGAGAGACUUUCACUACAAGGCCUGUUUCAUACAGGAACAACAUGCUGGCUGACGUGGUGGAGAAACUGAAGAAGACUGAACUCCAAGCUGCUUCUGCUGCUCACUGUUACGCUGGACCUGGAGAUGUGGAGUGUGAUUCCUGCAGCAGGAAAAGACGCAAAGCUGUUAGUUCCUGUCUGGGUUGUCAGGUCUCCUUUUGUGAAGAUCAUCUUAAACCUCACUAUCAGUCUCCUGACUUUAAGAAGCACAAGUUAGUUGAAGCCUGUGCAGAGCUCCAAGAGAAGAUCUGCUCUGAACAUGACAAACUGAUGGAGAUCUACUGUCGUACUGACCAAAGCCUCAUCUGUUACUUGUGUACGAUGGAUCAACACAAAGGUCAUGAUACAGUUUCAGCUAAAGCAGAAAGAAUAGAAAAACAGAAUGAAUUAAAGGAGGAGCAGAUGAAAUUCCAGCAGAGGAUCCAGGAGACACAGAAGAAAGUGCAGGAGCUGAAACAGACUUUGGAGUCUUUUAGAAUGCUUUCACAGGCAGCAGUAGAUGACAGUGAGAGGAUCUUUACUGAGAUGAUCAGCUCCAAAGAGAAAAAGUGCACGGAGGUGACGGAGCUGAUCAGAGCUCAGGAGGAAGCUGAAGUGAGUCGAGCUGAACGACUCCUGAAUCGACUGGAGCAGGAGAUUGCUGAUCUUAUGAGGAGAGUCACUGAGAUGGAGCAGCUUUCACGCACAAAGAAUCACAUCCACUUCCUCCAGAGUUUCCCGUCUCUCUGUGUUUCUCCUGGAUGUGACGACUCACUCAGAUUCACUGUCAAUCAACAUCUCUCAUUUGAUGGAGUGAGGAAAUCUCUCUCAGAUCUGAAAAAACGAGUCGAACAAAUCUGUGAGAAGGAAUUCAACAAAAUCAGACCACAAGCUGCAGAAGUUAAUGUGAUUUUGCCUUCAGAACCAGAGAGCAGAGAAGAUUUUCUGCAGUAGGCUGAUGUAGUGGAUUCCCAAGCCUGCUUCCAAGGAAUGUUCCAGGCUUUGUUCCAAGCCACGUUCCACACUUGGGCAAAUAUGGUGGCCUCCAAAGCCCGGUUCCAAGCCCUGUUCAAGGCCCUGAUUAAAGCCCUGUUCCACACCAAGACUUCAGUUCAUGUGAUUUUACCCUCAGAACCAAAUAGAAGAGAAGAUUUUCUACAGUGCAGGUUUACCACCUCUCAGCAGUGGACACCAUCAGCCACACCAUCGGCCUUGUCAAGGGACAGGGCUUAGGAGACUGCCCUGUUGGCCUCCGAAUAGAGCACAGCUCUGGGGGCCAUUCUGACGCCUCAGUAUGGAGUGUAGAUUUUCACUAACAACCACCCCAUCAGCCUCUGGAGAGAGCUCAUCACUGGAGUCAGGGAGUUGGGGAGCUUUGUAGGGGGUUUGGGAGUGGUGGGGGCCACCAGAUCCCCGUAAUUGAAUAAAUGAUGUAAAGCCGGGCAAAUUCACUCAUCAUCUUUGAAGCGGCCUUUUGUGGUCUCUCCCAGGCUCUACAAUUUCCUGGUUCAUGGAUUGAACAAAUUCCUCCAACCUGUUCCUCCACAACAUGUCAGUAAGACACUUUGGCCAGUAGAGGGCUUAGCCUAUCUAGAAAGACAGCAAGAACCCUAGACACUGCUUUUAUUUGGGCUUUCGGUUUGCUAGUUUUGAAAAGUAGAACUGGGUGUGGAGCAGAAACCUAGGAAGCAUAUUGUCAUUGCAAAGCCAGGGGGCCAGGGUCUACUAGGUAUGGGUUUGUCCACUGGCAGAAGCAGAUGGAGUCACAUGCUGGCAGAUUCACUGUGGCAUUGUGUCACUCUCGUCCUUCUGCUGUGUCCAUCGGAUUCUGUCACGUAGCGCUCAGGAACAAUUUCAGCCCUUUAAUAAAUAACAGAGUAAAUACAAAACAAAGCAAAAUGCAGUUCAUGCACAAAACAGGCUCUGAAGUGUCAAAUCCCUAUGAAUACUGCACAAUACCUUAUGGGUUCUCUUGUGCCCCUCAGUCUUCUAAUGCCUACUCAACAGGGUUGCUUAGAGCCACAAUAUUGUGGUGUAUACCCCUCCCUAAAAGGAGUAAUAACUAAGGAAUGUACUGUAGGAGUUUAGUCCAGAUGUGGCUCCCAAACAGAUGUGGCUCUACCUUACAGUUGUUUAUCUAGUAAAAGAUUAUUCUUUUGUUGAGGAAGUCGUUGUGGGUUCGAGUCUCAGGCCAGCCACGAGUGAGGUGCCCUUGAGCAAGGCACCGAACGCCCCCAACCGCUCCCUGGGCACCGCAGCAUAAAUGGCUGCCCACGGCUCCGUGUGUGUGUUCACUGCUGUGUGUGUGCACUUUGUAUGGGUUAAAUGCAGAGAACACAUCGUGAACAUAGCCGUAUGUUAUGUCACUAUUCUAUAAUUGACUUGGUUAAAGGAAUUAAAUAUUUUGCAAGCACCAUUUUUCUUUUUAUUUAUUCUGAAUUUUACAUUUUUUAUAUAUAUUUAACUUUAACAGCAUAUUGGUCUGCAAUCUAACCUGUGGACAUUGUAUUACUGUAGAUUUCUGUUAUCUGACUCUGGAUCCAAACACCGUACAUCAUCAACUCAUUCUGUCUGAGAAGAACAGAGUGGUGACAUGCAUUAAGACACAACAACAAUAUUCUGAUCAUCCAGAG